AUGGCCGAUCUUCAGGCGACGGUCGAGUUCGCGGUCGAGUUGUACAAGUUCUACAAUGUGGAUCUGUUUCAGCGCGGAUUGUAUCAAGUGCGAUGUUCACUGCGCGUGUCACCCCGACUUCCGGUGCAGGUCGAAACGUGCCUGCCGGACGCGGCAACCACCGGCAUACCCUCCGUGCAUAAUGGCAUGGGCGGAGGAGAACGGGGAGCGCGAAUGAGUGGGGGAGGCGAGGGCAGCAGUGGCAACUCACCCACCACCAGCUCGGAUAGCCGUUCCGGUGCGACCAUCAUCGACGAUGCCGGGGCGUCGCGUGUCUUUCAGAUCCUCUAUCGCAACGAGGAAGUGUCGCUGCGUGACGUCAUCAUGUUCCGGGCGCACCUACUAGUCGACAGUCGCCACCUGAAGGAGUCGAUCGAGCGGGCCGAGUUCUCGCUCAACCUAGAGCUCUGGUUCGGCGAGCAGACGAACGGAAAUAUCCUGACGCUUGCCUCGACCCGCACCCUGCAACUGAACUUUCACCCGGGCCGGGGGCUACACUACCAUCUGCCGGUGCUGUUCGAUUACUUCCACCUGGCCGCCGUCAGCAUCGGGAUCCAUGCGAGCCUAGUCGCCCUGCACCAACCGUACAUCAAGUGA